CUUGUCAUCGCUGGAGAAAAGCGACAUCUAGUGGCGUCAUUACACAAGUUGAAACCUUGUUCUUUUAAUGUUAAAACAACUGUGAAUUAAAACUAAGACUGCACAUUUUGGACCUUUUAUAGGCCUAUAGUCAUCUGAUGUGUUGUGAUAAAAUAACGGAUAUACGUGGAGCUCAUUUAUGUGGAGACGAAAAUGAAGCCAGUCGCCAGCAACGCUGCAGAUCCUCCAACAACAUCCACAGCUGGAAAAAGCUCAGGGAGACGGAGCAGAGCUCAAGAUGCAGCGAACAAGCGAGCAGCCACACAUCCAAACGGCUCCAGAACCUCCCUGAGGGCGGAAAGAGGCAAAGACGUGGAGGCGGGGAAGACCCGGUCCGCCGACGGCCGCCAGGGGGAGCUCGAGAGGCGCAGCGGGGCAGCUGUCCAGCCGGUUGGUGCUGAGGCUGAUCUCCUCACGCCAAACAGGGCGGAUGCGGCCAGAGGAGAUCCACCGGCACCACCGGGCCGCACCUCAGCUCUCGGCAUACCCAGCCGUAAAGAAAACCCCGCUCGGGAAAUUCUGCGCAACGAAACCUCUGCUCUAAGGAAAAAAGAGGAGGAGGAGGAGGAGGAGGGGGUGAAAGGCAGGCGGCGGCAGAGGAAAAGCGGCGCCGCUGGGUGCUGUGGAGCGGGCCUCGGCUUCGGUUCGUGGAGAGGAGGAUGCUUACAGGCUGAGCUUAUCCACUUUCAUCUGCACAGGAGACUGAAGAGGAGCGGCGUGAAGAUGCAGACCAAAGCGGAGGGCGCGAUUAGGGCGGAGGCCGCGCAGGGAGAGCCCGAUCCGGCUGCUGAGGCGGCGACGGAGGCGGCGUCCGUGACACAGCAGGACGAGGCCCUGGAAGAGGAGAUCGAGAGGCUGCUGGAGGAAAACGAUGAUCUCAAGUGUGAGAUUGAGGAGAUGAGGGCCGAGAUGGACGAGAUGCGAGACACCUUCUACGAAGAAGACACAUGCCAGCUGCAGGAAAUGAGGCGUGAGUUAGAGAGGGCCAAUAAAAACUGCCGGAUCCUGCAGUAUCGACUGCGCAAAGCUGAGAGGAAGAGGCUGCGCUACGCCCAGGCGGGCGAGAUUGAUGACGAGCUGCUGAGGAGUCUGGAGCAGGACCUCAAGGUGGCGAAGGAUGUGUCAGUGCGGUUGCACCACGAGUUGGAGAAAGUGGAGGAGAAACGCACAAAGACAGAAGAGGAGAAUGAAAAACUGAGACAGAAUCUCAUAGAGGUGGAAGUGACCAAACAGGCUCUGCAGAAGGAACUAGAUAAAACCAAAGAGUCUCAAAAGCGAAGGGGAAGCAAAGACAUCCAGAAGGCUGACAAGAAGCCCGCACAGCCCCCUACAGAGGAAGAGAAUGAAGACCUAAGGUGCCAACUAGCCUUCAUCAAGGAGGAAGCCGUGCUUAUGAGGAAGAAGGCGGCCAAGAUUGACAAGGAGAAGGAUCGUCUGGAGCAAGAGUUGCAAAAGUAUCGCUCCUUCUACGGAGAACUGGACAGUACCCAUCCCAAAGGGGAGGCCGGGGGUCCGCCCACCACCCGCGAGUCAGAACUAAAGCUGCGGCUUCGAUUGGUGGAGGAGGAGGCCAACAUCCUUGGAAGGAAGAUAGUAGAGUUGGAGGUUGAGAACCGUGGUCUGAGAGCUGAGCUGGACGACCUCCGGGGUGAGGGAGAAGGCGCCGGAAGCUCCGGCUGUGAGGCGACGGGCGGGGCGGGCGCGGGCAGAGGUCUGGGCGACGAUCUGACGGAGCUCCGGCAGCAGCUGCAGCUGGUGGAGGAUGAGGCCGAGCUUCUGAGGAGAAACCUGGCCGAUGCUGAGGACCAGAACAAGAGGGUGACGGCAGAGCUGAACAAACUGCGUUUCAAGGCCGGCACCCACGAGGGAGGUGCCAGACACGGCGGAGGGGGAUCUGGAGGCGCAACGCCGGACGGAGCCAAAUUUGACAAUCUGCAGGAGGAGCUGAAAGCUGCAAGGCUGCAGAUUAAUGAUCUCAGUGGCAAGGUAAUGCAGCUUCAGUACGAGAACCGCGUGCUCCUCUCCAACAUGCAACGCUACGAUCUGGCCUCCCAUCUCUCCCUGCGGCCCAGUCCCCGCGACAGCGACGCGGAGAGCGACGCGGGCGGAGCCGGGAGCGGCCGCCGUGAAAGCGACGAGGACUCCACCUCCUCCCGCUUGCUCCCGCCCCACCGCAAACGGGAAGGCCCCGUGGGCGGGGAAAGUGACUCGGACGAGGUGAGAAACAGCAACAACGGCAGCGGCCGGUGCAUGACGCCCACAAGGGGCCUCCACACCCCGCCCGGACCAGAGGGCUCCGCCUCCUCCUCGUUGGCUCGCUUCCUGCCCGGCGGCCGCUGUGGCCUCCACGAGAGGCAACAGCUGAUUGACAUCCGCGUGGAGGCGGAGAGGCUCGUGCGCACCAUCGACAGGCUGAUCGCCGACACGGCCACCAUCAUCUCCGAGGCGAGGGUCUACGUUUCAAACGGUGACUUGAUGUUUGGAAGGGGAGGAGAGGAGGGCGGAGAGGCCGAUGGGAGCAGGAUCAGAGAACAUGAACUGCUUUAUCGCAUCAACGCCCAGAUGAAGGCCUUCCGAAAGGAGCUGCAAGCGUUCAUUGACAGACUGGAGGUGCCGAGGCUCGAGGACAGGGAGGCAGAGGAGCCACUGUCGAUGUUCCAACCCAUCAUUUUGCUCAUCCUUAUACUUGUCUUAUUCUCAUCCCUCUCUUACGCCACUAUCUUUAAACUGGUCUUCCUGUUUACCCUCUUCUUCGUUCUGUGAUGCAAGCCACCCUACGUUCAAACCAUCCCCGUUUGUGUUUGCUAUGUCGAUUUUCAUUUUUUUUUUUUUUUUUGUUUUCUCGCCAAAGCGCCUCAUUUGUUGCCAUGGUAAUCUAAAGCACAGAUAAAGCUCAGCACUUGCCCUUUUCCGCUCACUAACUGGCUUCAGCAACUGGAGUCUCCAUUAUCAUAGCCCGUCACUGUCAGCGUCACUUGCUUCAAAAGACUGAGGUCAAUCUGACUGCUGUCGACUACAG